AUGGCCAGAACACAACAAGAAGUAAUGUUACAAGUUCAUGCUGCUCCAAAUCAACCUACUAGCUAUGAAGAAGCCUAUGAAUCUGAAACUUUAAUCCUACUAGAACAAUUUGAGACCCCGUUGAAACCUGAAACCCCAUUGGAACUAAGUAGCUUGCUUUUUCAGUGUGACCAGGAUUAUGCCACUCUUGAGGCCUUUAAAUAUGUCACUGAUCAGUAUGCUGAAACAAGUGAGUUUAAAGUGUUUUUUCUAAAAGGCAACAAUCACAGUGAUGGCUUGCGUUCUACUCAAGUUUUUGCUUGCGAUCGCUCUGGCAUUUUCAAAUCUAAACCUAAAGAUCUGAAUAAAAAAAGCAGAAAUACAGAAUCAAAGAAAUGUAACUGCCCCUGGUCUGUUCAUCUCAAUUAUAACCCAGAGGACGAUAAAUAUUAUAUCUCACAAGUCAAUUUAUGCUAUAAUUAUUCGCUUAUUUCACCUCAAUUUAUGCACAUUUCGCCUGCUAACUACGAAAUACUAGCCUUUAUUAGAAAGGAAAUUUUUGCCGUGAGAAAGGCAGGAAUAUCAACACCACAAAUCCAGUCUCUUCUUAAAAUUAAGUACGGACCAACAGUGAAGAAGUGGGUAAUAAAGGAUGUAUAUAAUUUGAUUGAUGCUAAUGGCAUAUCACGUAGUGAAUUUCAAGCCCAUGAUUUUCUUCUUCUUCUCCAACAAAAACGUAAUAAUAACCACAAAUUUUCUUAUAAAUUCGAAUUGGAUAGUAACAAUAGACUAAAACAUAGCAACUAUUUUUCAAUGCUUUUUGGAGUGUUUACAGGUGUUACCAAUAACAGUCACUUUUAUUGCGCUGCUGAUAGAAAACAAUAUCCCGAAACAUAUAAUGAUGCCAAAAAUUGGGCUUUGAAGGUGGAAAAAUAUAAUAAAGAUAAUGAAUAUGUACCUUUUAAGGAUACAACUACUGAAUCUAAUGUAACAAAAUCGGAUAUGAAUGAUCUUACAACAGCUUUUAAUGCCAUGAAAAUCUGCCGUGUUGAUCAGAAUGCAGACCAAGAUGACCAAAUGAGCAAAAUGAAAUCAAGCAUCAAAGAAACUCUGCAUCAACAACCCACUAAUCAAAGAAAUAAGAUAACAAAUAAUGAAGCUGGUAACCCUGAAAUAAGGAGUAUGAAUGUGUGUUAUUUUGAGAUUAAUGACAUAGUAAAAGGCGAAGGUGAUGAAUACCUGAUGAUAGAAGCCGAAGAAGGCAAAUCAUUGUUUGAUAUAAGAAAUUUGGGCAAAUGA